AUGGAGCCGCGCAACGGAACCGCAGAUGCGGCAUCUGAUGCCAGAAUUGAUUUUGCCUUUUACCGAUAUGAUCCUAGCAUGGCCGGAGCCGUGAUCUUCACCAUUCUAUUCUCGACAACCACACUAUGGCAUGCCUUUCAGCUUAUUCGGACACGAACCUGGUUUUUUAUUCCAUUCCUCAUAGGAGGGAUUUUCGAAACAAUCGGAUAUGCUGGACGAGCCAUGUCAAGCAGCCAGUCGCCCAAUUGGACUCUCGGUCCCUACCUCAUUCAGACGAUGUUUCUACUCCUCGCUCCAGCCCUUCUGGCGGCGUCGGUCUACAUGUUGCUCGGACGGAUAAUUCUGGUCCUGCGCGCGGAAUCGCAUGCGAUGCUGAAGAAGAAGUGGUUGACCAAGGUCUUUGUGACUGGGGACGUCCUCUCGUUCUUGCUGCAGGGCACAGGUGGUGGCAUUCAGAGUAGCGGCAGUCUCGACAGUAUGAAGUUCGGGGAGCACAUUAUCGUCGCCGGUCUUUUCGUUCAGAUACUCUUCUUCGGGUUUUUUAUUAUAACCGCCGGUAGUUUCGACAUGAAGCUCAGAAAAUAUCCAAUCCCGCGAUGCUUCGAGGGUCACAUACCAUGGAGGAAACAUCUCAAUAUACUAUAUGCGACGAGUGUUUUGAUCCUCAUCCGGUCCGUCUUCCGACUGAUAGAGUAUCUUCAGGGUAAUGAUGGGUUCUUGUUGCAUCACGAGAUCUUUCUGUACAUUUUCGAUGCGGUGUUGAUCUUCAUCGCCAUGGCCAUCUUCAAUAUCUGUCAUCCCAGCGAGAUUGCCAAGUAUAUGGAUUCGAAAGAGGACGUCGAACUAUCAGAGGAUUAUAGCAGUUUUGCCAGGUAA